UGAUUUAUUAAACUAAAUGUUCAGAUUUAUCCACUUAAAAUGAUUUGGCGUUGUGUUAUUUGCUGCCUCUUUGUGGCAUUGUCGUUAAGAGCUCUGCUGAGUCACAUAAACACCGUGCAUAGUUCCAGCCCGGAUUUCCACGUGAUCUGUGGGAUUGAUGGUUGCGCUCAGGAAUAUCGAGUCUACAACUCAUUUUACUAUCAUGUCAAACGGAGGCAUUCUUCGCAUUUUAUCAGUCACAAAUCGAGGUCAAGUGGAAGCCAAAAUUCCGCUCAAGCUAAAGGGAACAAUUGCCGUGCGUGUGCAUCUGCAGAUAUUGGAAUCCAAGUGGAAGAGAGACUUUUCGAGAAUUUCGGUAUCCCACUUCAGCCAGAAUUUCUGCCAAAUGAACAUGUGUCAAGCAUACCAGGAAAUACCAACGACGAGGACAAUUUUAACUUUACCGGUGGCCAAGCACCAGACAUAGCCGAUUCCGCCAGCUCUGUUGAUGGCGCUGCGUCUACACCGUUGACUGAACCUGAACAAGAGGCAAUGCACCAUGAAGAAAGUGAUGAGCCUGAAGUUGAUAAACUGAGAAAGCAUGCUUCUGCAUUUGUACUGACUUCAAGAGUGAAACACUGCCUUUCCCAGGUAGGACACUGGACAGUGAAUUGUGAAAUUACAGAAAUAAACAUGAGUUCUUACAUUUUUUUUCUCAGCGAGCUGUCAGUGACAUCAUUUCCGGGGUGCAGCAGUAUCAAGCCUCACUGUUGGACUGCCUUCGGAGCCAAAUUACAGAUGUUAUUCACAGACAAUCUGGAGUCACUGAUCAAUUGAUGAGUGAAGUUCUGGACAUUUUUAAUAAUUUUGAAGACCCUUUGAAACAGUUUCCACCACAUAUAUGCAAGAUUCAAAUAUAAAAAAGCAGUUCAAGGUAGUUGAAGCCGAAGAAAUUGAAAUUUCCCAGACUGCAUCCUUUAGGAGAAGAGGAGCCUCACAAGCUCUAACAAUAAGAAAAAUAUGCUUUUACUAUAUUCCUUUGGUGCGAAGUUUGGAACAACUACUUUCACAUCCAAUGAUUGUAGCAAUGUUUGACAAUGGACCAAACCAAAUGGAUUUGGAUGGAUUUGUCAAUGACAUUAUUGAUGGGGAUAUUUUGAAGUCCCAUCCACUGUUCUCUGUGAGACCCAAUGCUCUGCAGCUUAUCCUGUAUACUGAUGAGAUAGAACUGUGCAAUCCUCUGGGGUCGUAUGCCUCAAAAAACAAACUGUUAAUGGUGUACUACACUUUGGGCAAUAUAAAUCCUAAACACAGGUCUAAGUUAGCUGCCAUCCGUCUACUUGCCAUUGCAAAAUCAAGUGAUAUCUCUCAGUGUGGUGUAGAUGUGAUUUUGCAGAGAAUACAAGAGGAUUUGAAUUUGUUGUAUAAUGGAGUGAACAUCAAAACUGCCCACGGGGAGCGAACACUGUAUGGUGCAGUAGUUUCUUUCUGUGGCGAUACCCUAGCUCAGCAUGAGCUAACGGGCUUUAAAGAGGGAGUUGGAUUUGCAUUCCGAAAAUGCCGACACUGUGAGUGUAGUUUUGAGGAUAUGCAAGUUCACUUUGAUGCAGAAAACUUUGUCAAAAGGUCUUUAGAUAGACAUGUCAGACAGUGUAAUGAAAUUGAGAGGGCAGCCACAGACUUUCUGAGAAGCAGUUUGAAAACCACUUAUGGAAUUAAUAGGAAAAGCAAACUAAUUGAUUUCCCAGCCUUUGAUCUCAUCAGGCAAACACCUCAGGAUAUUAUGCAUGUGAUAUUAGAAGGUGUGGCACCACUGGAAGUUAAAACUGUACUUAAACAUCUUGUGCUAUCAGGGCAGCUGGAACUGGACACAUUUAACAGUGCUAUUCUAGGAUACCCAUACUCCACUGAUGUCCGAGAUAAACCUUGCCCUAUUACUGUCACAACAUUAUCAUCGAAUGAAAACAGACUAAAGCAAUCAGCUGGGCAAAUGCUUGUCUUAUUGAAGAUUCUGCCAUUCGUGUUGGACAGCUGUGAAAGAAACGAGUACUUUCAAGUGAUUAUUGAGUUAAUAGAGAUUGUUCAGAUCUUAUUUGCACCAGUUAUUGCGUUGACCACUGCAGAAAAGCUUAAGUUGCUUAUUAAGCAACAUUUGAGCAAUGUUAAACGGUUAUUUCCUGAGAACAAUAUAACACCAAAGCAACAUUAUUUGAUACAUAUUCCUGAACAGAUUAAAGAUUUAGGUCCAAUGGUCAGACACAUGUGUAUGCGAUUUGAAUCAAAACACUGUUUUUUCAAACAGUGGUCUUCCAAGUUAAAUUUUAAGAAUGUUUGCAAGUCCUUGGUUAAACACAAUCAGAUGUUUGAGAGUUGUCAAAAUGUCAGUCGUGAGAAUCACCCAAUUUUUUCAAAAGACAUUCUAUUGGGUCCUGUAUCUGAAGUGGAAAAUAUGAAGUAUGUGCAGGAUAAAAUGAGAGCUUUUUUGGGUGUAGAAAACGUGCAUCAUGUGGUGUCUGCAAAAUGGCUUGAGCUAAGUGGCAACCGGUAUGUGCACCAGAAAUCAGUGAUUGUAAUCAAUGUUAAUGAAGGCGUUCCUGUAUUUGGGCUCAUAAAGGACAUGUACAUUGUAAAUUAUUCCUUGUAUUGCUUUGAAUGUCAAGUUUAUAAUACAGUGGGUUUCAGUCGUGAGUUUGCUUCUUACGAAAUUGAGGUCCCAAACCUUGCUCAAGCCACUGAGAUAGUGGAUUCAGAUAAAAUUGUAGAUUAUACAUCAUAUUACGCACUCAGUUUUAAGAACCGUACUUACAUUCCUCUGAAGUAUUAUCUCGGAGAUGUGUGUGAGAUUUACAAGUGAACCACUAACUGCUAAUUUAAUGGAAAACAAAUAAAAGUAAAGGGAAAGCACAGUCAGUUUCCUCUCUCCUUGGUUUCUUUUUUUUUUCUUUACCUGACUGUACUGAUCUAAAAGAUAAGACAUUUUGCUAAAAAAAAUAUAUGUCCAGUACCUUGUGUGUACUUGGUUAUUGUUAAAGGAUUAGUUCACCCUGAAAAUGAGAAUUUCCUAAACCUUUACUCACCCAAAUGCCAUCGAUCGUUUCUGUCUUCAGUGG